AUGAGCAUCACUGCACGAACCCCCUGGGGCUGGUUCCUGGGGUACCUCAUCCUUGGGGUCACAGGAUCCUGGGCCUCGAGUGCCAGCGGCCGCAUCAUACAGGGCCAGGACUGCCGCCCACACUCGCAACCCUGGCAGGCCGCGCUGUUCUCAGAAGACGAUUAUUUUUUCUGCUCGGGCGUCCUAGUGCAUCCGCGAUGGGUGCUGUCAGCAGCACACUGCUUACAAGACUCCUACACCGUGGGACUGGGCCUUCACAACCUGGAAAGCUCCCAAGAGCCUGGCAGCCGGAUGUUAGAGGCCCACCUCUCCAUCCAGCACCCGAACUACAACGACCCUCCUUUUGCCAACGAUCUCAUGCUCAUCAAGCUGAACGAAUCGGUGAUGGAGUCUAACACCAUCAGGCGCAUCCCUGUGGCUUCCCAGUGCCCCAACCCUGGGGAUACCUGCCUAGUCUCCGGCUGGGGUCGACUCAAGAACGGGAAACUGCCCAGCCUGCUGCAGUGCGUGAACCUCUCCGUGGUGUCGGAGGAGACUUGCCGGCUGACGUAUGACCCUGUGUAUGACCACCUCAGCAUGUUCUGCGCUGGAGGAGGGCCGGACCAUAAGGACUCGUGCAAUGGGGAUUCUGGGGGUCCCAUAGUGUGCAACAGAUCCCUGCAAGGGCUCGUGUCCUUGGGACAAGGAGAGUGCGGGCAGCCUGGCAUACCAAGUGUCUACACCAAUCUCUGCAAGUUCACUACCUGGAUCCAGACCACCAUUCUGACAAGAUAG